GAGUAUUUGGUGUCGCCCGAAGCACUCGAAAGGGAGUAUGUCGGGCGCCAAUGGAACUGAUGACCCCCCCACGGGACAGCCCAGCAACUCGUCUCUGGACUAUAAGGACUACGAGCUGGAGCAGGACGCCAGUAAGAUAGUCAUUCCCUUCAUUUACGCACUCGUGUGCUGUGUAGGGCUGACUGGCAAUGCCAUGGUCAUCUACGUCAUCCUAAAAUAUGCCAAGAUGAAAACGGCUACCAACAUCUACAUCUUGAACCUGGCCAUUGCGGACGAACUCUUCAUGCUGAGCGUGCCCUUCCUGGCCACCUCGGCCGCUCUCCAGCACUGGCCCUUCGGUUCGCUCAUGUGCCGGCUGGUGCUCAGCGUGGAUGGCAUCAACAUGUUCACCAGCAUCUUCUGCCUGACUGUCCUGAGCAUUGACCGUUACAUCGCCGUGGUGCACCCCAUCAAAGCAGCUCGCUACAGGCGCCCCACCGUGGCCAAGAUCAUCAACAUCUGUGUGUGGGUACUCUCGCUGGUGGUCAUCUUGCCCAUCAUCAUCUUUGCCGACACCGUGCCGGCGCAGGACGGUGGCGUGGACUGCAACUUCCUGUGGCCCGAGUCCUCCUGGUCAGAGGCGUUCGUGGUCUACACGUUCCUGCUGGGUUUCUUGUUGCCUGUGGUGGCCAUUUGCCUGUGCUACUGCCUGAUCGUGGUGCGCAUGCGCGCCGUGAGCCUCAAAGCUGGCUGGCUGCAGCGGCGCAAGUCGGAGAAGAAGAUCACUCGGAUGGUGCUUCUUGUGGUGGCUGUGUUUGUGGUCUGCUGGAUGCCCUUCUAUGUCGUGCAGCUGGUUAGCAUCUUCCACCGGCCGCCCAACCCCGUGGUCACCCAGCUCUUCGUCAUCCUCAGCUACGCCAACAGCGGCGCGAACCCCAUCCUGUACGGCUUUGUCUCGGACAAUUUCCGCCGCUCCUUCCAGCGAAUCGUGUGCUUCCGCUGGCUGGAGAACGGGCUCGAUGGGGAGCAGGUGGAUUACUGUGCCGUGGCACUCAAGCGUCAAACCACCUGCAGCCCGCAGGACUUCCCCAAGGAGUGCCUGGCCUCCGAAAUGGUGUAUCGCAAUGGCACCUGCACUUCACGUGCAACGACGCUGUGA